UUACCAUAGCAGUAAGACAAGGAGUGGCUUAUUUUUCACAUGUUUCAAUUGUUAGAGUCUGGUGUACGUGGUUGUGCCAUGUGUUUCCACAUGUUAAAAUUGACAGAAGAUUUAUUUUUCAAUAUCAUUCAGUAGAAUACAAUUAAUUUAAUUAAAAAAAUUGAAUAAAACAAAUGAAAUACAAUUAUUAAAAUUCGAUAUUGAGUGAUAAUUAUAUGGUUGCGAUUAAAAAUUCAAUAUCAUCCUUUAGCCGUAGGGAUGGCAAAAAUAUCCAUAACCGUGGAUAUCCGCCCGAAUCCGGCCUAAUCGGGUAGGGUAAAACCCGAACCCGAAGGACAUUUAGUGGGUACGGGUAAAAUCCGAACCCGAAUAUUGUGGGUAAUGGGUGGGCAUGGGUUUCUCACUAUCCAACCCGAACCUGCCCUAUUAUACACAUGCAUAUGUAUUCUGUCUAGAAAUAAUCAAUAUUUUUCUCUAACAUAUUUUAUAUUUAGCAUAUAAAUAUAAUAUUUUCAUGAAAUUGUGUAGUUUUAAUUAAUUUUCUUCAUCCUAGUGAAUUAUUGUCGUACUUUUCCUCUUACGUAAUGUGAGAAUACGUAUGAAUGUUAUCAUAUAGGUUGAAGUUAUGAAGAGAAAUUAUUACCCAUGGAUAACUGUGGAUACUCGAAACCCGAACGGGUAUGGGCAUGGUUUUGAUUUUCUACCCAUUUCACAUGUGGGUAUGGAUAUGGGUAAAACCCGAACUACUAUGGGUAGGAUAACGGAUAUGCACUAUCCGCGCCCGACCCCAUCCAUUGCCAUCCCUAUUAAGCCGACAUUUGAUGGUUUGUCGACGUGAAAAACUUGAAUACGUACCCGCACAAUUUCUUCAUUUCUUGUAUGGAGCAAAGCGGCCGACGUUUGUGAUUGGGCCAACUAGAUGAGUCAUUGCGACACCUAUCUGUCCACUGGGCUACAGUGAAAGUCUGCUGGUGGGCUUGUAUAUAUAUAUAUGACAAAUCCAUAUAUGAGAAUGUAUGAGAUCAAAACCAUAGCUUCUAAUUACUCUUGAGACAAAAGGUUGCUAAUUCAGAAGAAGAAGAAGAAGAAGAGGGUGUUCUUAGAAAUUGGGGGAAUGGAGGUUGGAGGUUCUCUUGCGGUUGCCAAUGUUCAACGGAUGGCUUCGAGUUUGAAGGACGUACCCAAUAGGUAUAUACGUCCCGAGCUCGAGGUAGACCGAGUUCUUAACGAUGAACAUGUUUCGAUUCCGGUAAUCGACAUGAGCAAGUUAGUAGAUGGUUAUGGUGGUGACGAAUUGGCUAAACUCCAUUCGGCUUGUAGAGAUUGGGGAUUUUUCCAGGUGAUCAACCAUGGAAUUGCGGAGGAGGUGAUUAUGAAAAUGAAGAUAGAUGUUCAAGAGUUCUUCGACCAAGCACUGGAGGAGAAAAUGAAAUAUGCACAAUUGCCUAAUUCUCUCGAAGGAUAUGGCCAAGCAUUUGUUUUAUCGGAAGAGCAGAAGCUCGACUGGGGUGACAUGCUCUUCAUUCUUGCAAAACCCAUCAAUGGAAGAAAUAUGAAGUUUUGGCCAAAAGUUCCCUCUUCUUUCAGAGAAACUGUGGACCAGUAUUCAACAGAGCUGGAGAAGUUGACAAUUAGCUUGCUGAAAUUCAUGGCCAUGAACUUGGGGCUCGACCCAGAAAAGCUGCUCCCUUUAUUCGAAGAAGGUGCUCAAGCUAUGAGAAUGAACUACUAUCCGCCAUGUAAGCUAGCCAGCAAGGUCACCGGACUCUCCCCACAUUCCGACGCCACUGGAUUAACGUUGCUGACUCAAGUGAAUCAAGUGCAAGGAUUGCAAAUCAAGAAAGAUGGGAAAUGGGUUCCCGUUGAUCCCAUUCCAGGUGCUUUCAUCGUCAAUGUCGGCGAUAUCAUCGAGAUAAUGAGCAAUGGAGAGUACAAGAGCGUUGAGCACAGAGCGGUAGUGAAUCCUAAAAAGGCGAGACUAUCAAUUGCGACAUUCCACAGCCCGAACUUCAACGCCACGAUUGGGCCGUUGCCGGACCUUUUCAUCGAGGACUGCAAGAAGCAAGCAGUACCAAAGUACAAAUCCAUAUCGCACCAAGAAUAUAUGAAGCUUGGGGUAAAAACUAAACUCGAUGGCAAAAGUAGAGGCCUCAUCCAUCACAUGAAGUUAGAAACCGAAGAAGAGCAGUGAAAAGUCCCUUUUGUAAAUAAAUAAUCAACCAAAAGCAAUUGCUUGGACCUUCAUAUUGGUUGAGACUAUUGUUUUUUGUUUUUGUGUGUGUGUGUUUAGUUUGCUCAUGUACUUCAAGAUUGUCUUGUUAGUUGGAGGAUGUGUAGAGUUUAAUGUAUGAAUCGAAUUAUAUUAUUGAUAAUAACAACUAAUUCUGGACUCUUGAGUACUAGUAGAAUGAUAAUAAUUUUUAGAACUACUAGACAGAAAAAAAAAUCACUAAUAUGUAAUAGGGCGAAUACCACAACAAAGUUCGAACUAUCCAAAAAGUAUCAUUUCUGUCAUAAAGCAUUCAAUAUGACAAUCUUGUCAUGUCGUUUAACUUGAUACUUUUGUGUUGUUUGUAUCCCGAUAUUUUUAUCGACCGUUAACGAUAAUAGUGAUUAGACGAGGAUCAGUAAAAUGUUGACAAACAAAUCAAGUUCCGACCAUCAUCUUCGAAACGAUUCAAUGAUUGCUCCUUUCAAUUUGGAGUGAAAACUUCAUUUGCUCUCAUUGUGACUUUUUUUUCCUUAACUAAACACACUUUUUUCCUUUAUUAUUUUACAAUUCGCAAAUUUUCUCACCCUCUUUCAUGAACGGAAGAUUACGAUUUACGGGUUUAAAGUAAAUUAAAGGUAUUUGUUUUUAAAUUACUUUCGUUGACAAACAAAUUAGUGGACUAGUAGCUGAUUCAUAUGGAAUGACCCAAUAGAAAUUCAUACCUAACCUAACAUGCCUUUUUUCAAGGUGAAAUGUCGCCUUCGUUCUCUCUUUCAACAAGUUAACAAAAAUUUGCCAGACGAAGAACAAGUGGCCACGACGAAGCAGCUCACUCUUUUACUUAAUUAAUGAAGAGUCGGUUAACUAACCAUGCGUUGACCAGACUAUAAUGCCAUUUAUUUUAUACGAGGGAUUCCAUGAAGCAAAGGACUCCACCUAGGGAUGGCAACAAAACCCAAACCCACGGGUACUCACUCGAUCCAAUCCGGUUAACGCGGGUAAAACUCGUGUCGACGGGUUUUGGUCCGUGUUUGGGUUUAAACUCGCUACACUAUUCACCGGGUCGGGUUUGGGUUUAGGUAAACUCGCCCCAUGGGUACCCGCUCACACACAUAUAAUUACUUUCUCGGUAUAUUUAAUAUUCUAAAUAAUAUAUCUUCCUUAAACAACUAAUGUUCUUUAUGUUUGUGGAGACAUGUAUAAUUUGUUCUUUUUAAUUGUUUAUAAUGAAGUUGAUAUUAUGAA